GGUUUGUCAUUCCCACGACACCGCUCACAGGUGGUGGGUGCAAUUUUAUUCACUGUGUACGCGGUAUAGUGCGCUGGAGCAUUGAAUUUGACACAGAGGAAGUUGACGAGAUUUAUAAUAGUCCCCGUUACGGGGAGCCAACAUCGGAAGGAGCUUUGUUAUUCUUCUUCCUUUCUCAUUGAAUAAUAGUACAAUUCACCAGCAAAAUGUUUAAGUUAACACUAGUAGCCACUAUUUUAGCAGUUGCUCUGGCGCGACCGGAGCCACCUGUUAAUUCCUAUUUGCCACCCGGUGGCGGUGGCGGUGGAGGUGGUGGUGGUGGUGGUGGUAGAGGAGGUGGUGGUGGUGGACCAUCGAGUCAGUACGGGCCACCCUCGGGGGGUGGAGGAGGAUUCGGUGGACAGGGACAAGGGUUUGGACAGCAGGGAGGCCAAGGUGGCAGACCGUCCGGUAAUUACGGUCCCCCCGGUGCAGGUGGCGGUGGAUUUGGUCAACAGGGAGGGCAGGGAGGUGGAUUUGGUCAAGGGGGACAAAAUGGACAGGGUGGACGACCGUCCAACAGCUAUGGUGCACCCAAUGCGGGUGGAGGUAAUGGAUUUGGACAGCAGGGAGGGUCAGGAGGACAGGGAGGCAGGCCGUCCAGUAGUUACGGUGCACCUGGGUCAGGCGGCGGUGGAUUCGGCCAGCAAGGCGGACAGGGUGGACAGUCGGGCAGACCAUCUAGUAGUUACGGCGCUCCUGGGUCAGGCGGCAGUGGAUUCGGUCAGCAAGGCGGACAGGGCGGCCAGUCAGGCAGACCAUCGAGUAGUUACGGUGCCCCUGGGUCAGGCGGCAGUGGAUUCGGUCAGCAAGGCGGACAGGGCGGACAGUCGGGCAGACCAUCGAGUAGUUACGGCGCUCCUGGGUCAGGCGGCGGUGGAUUCGGCCAACAAGGAGGACAAAGUGGAGGAUUUGGACAACAAAAUACCUCACCUCAACGACCUUCGGAUAGUUAUGGACCUCCUGGGGCAAAUGGAGGUGGAUUUGGACAACAGGGUGGACAGGGUGGUGGUUUCGGACCACAGAAUACCUCACCACCCAGGCCUUCAGAUAAUUAUGGACCUCCCGGUGCGGGCGGUGGAGGAUUUGGGCAGCAGGGUGGACAAGGCGGUGGAUUUGGUCAACAAGGUGGACAAGGGGGCCGAGGACAGGGGGGACGACCAUCGGGUAGUUAUGGUGCACCCAAUGCGGGUCAAAAUGGAUUCGGACAGCAAGGGGGUCAGGGUGGACAGGCAGGUUAUUCAAGCGGCCCUGCUGGUCAGGGAGGCUUUGGUGGACAGGGUGGUGCCGGGGGCGGAGGCGGUGGGAGACCUUCGGGUAGUUACGGAGCACCAGGAGGUGGAGGUAAUGGAUUUGGAGGUGGCAACAGUGGUUUCGGUGGCUCUUCACGAUCUGGAGGUUCGGGGGGUAGUACUCCGUCAGACAGUUACGCACCUCCCGCCGCUGGUGCUCCUGGUGAUGGAUAUGCCUCAGGGGGUCCCAGUGGUGGCUCAAGUGGUUACGGCAGUGGUGGACCAGGCGGGGAGGAGAGUAACGAACCGGCCAAGUACGAAUUCAACUACGAAGUUAAGGAUAGUCAAUCAGGACUUGAUUUCGGACAGACGGAGAGCCGUGAUGGUGAUCGAGCCCAGGGGAUGUUCAAUGUUCUCCUGCCUGAUGGAAGGAAGCAGAUUGUUGAGUACGAGGCGGAUCAAGACGGGUUCAAACCGCAGAUAAGAUAUGAGGGGGAGGCAAAUGCUGGUGGCUACGGCUCGGGUGGACCCGGAGGCGAUUCGGGUUAUCCAUCUGGUGGACCUGGUAAUUCGGGAGGACAAGGAGCAGGCAAUUUUGGUGGUAGUGGAGGUGGUUAUCCCUCGGGCGGUUCUGGAAAUAACGGAGGUUUUGGCAGCGACAGUGGGUAUCCCUCUGGUCAGCCUGGCGCUGGUAACGGUGGAUUUGGUGGACAGAAUGGCGGUGGAAAUCAAGGAUAUCCGUCUAAUCAAUCGGGUGGUAAUCAAGGUGGCUAUCCAUCGGGAAGUGGUGGCGAUGCGGCUGCUAAUGGUGGAUAUCAAUACUAAACCUGUGGAUAAUUCAAUGCUUAUAAUUUACAUCAUACUCUACGAAUGAUAAACGAUUCAUGAUAGAUUUUCAGCUCGAUAUUGACCUGCGAUACGAACAAAUUGAUUUAUGCAAAACGAUACAAUGCAAGAAUUGAAUAUUGAGACUUGUCACUAGAGUGAAACCCUGUAAUGUCACAGGAUGGUUUCUUCCGGUAUUCAAUUCAUAUUCAUGCAAUAUUGACUCUGUAGACAUCUACAUAUAUAUUAUAUUCAUAUUCUAGUUCAUUGUACCCGGCAAUCAUCUACAUCGUCCAUUAUGUCCACUCUAUCGCUUAGUAUUACAAUUUAACAUUCCGCUCGAUAUAUUACAUUCCAUCAAACUGAAGUGUAUUAUUUAAUUACUACUGUGGAAUGUAUUCAUGGUGAUCUAGAUUGCAAUGUAGAAUAAAAUCGCAAACUGAUUUUAA